UGAGUUUCCCAAACAUUCAAACGAAAAGCCUCAAAAGAGCAACCAAACAAACAAACGGUACAAGCCCCACAACUCAUCUUCCACUUCACGCUCCCCACCACCACCCCCAUGCCCAUGGCCACCCCCCGCUCAGAACCACCACCACCCCAACCAUGCACCCCAUUACUCGCCGACCAAAACUACGUCGUUCUAUCACCACCAUCUUGUUCUCACUCCCAACGACGGCGCACAACUAUCCUAGCCACUACUCUCAUACUUACACUCCUAGCCGCCACCUUCUCCGCCUUCCUCCUCUGGCCGUCCGAACCCUCCCUGAAGAUCGUACGGCUUCGGCUUAACAAGGUUCAAGUCCACACGCGGCCACGAGUGACCAUCGACGUGUCCAUGUCGGUGACGAUUAAGGUCCAGAACGUUGACGUUUACGCGAUGGACUACGAGGCGCUGGAGGUGGCGGUUGGGUACAGAGGGAGGAGGCUGGGGCACGCGACGUUCCAGCAGGGUUACGUGCGGGCGCUUGGCUCGUCGUACUUGGACGCGGAGGUGGAGUUUAAUGAGGUCGGGGUGUUUUCCGACGUGGUGCUCCUGCUUGAGGACUUGGCUAAGGGAACGGUGCCGUUUGACACAGUCACGGAGGUCCAAGGGCGGCUCGGCUUCUUGUUUUUUCAGUUCCCCUUGCAGGCAAGAGUUUCGUGUGAAGUUAUGGUGAAUACAGUAAAUCAGACAAUUUUUCGUCAUAAUUGCUAUGAGUGAUGAAUCGCAUAUAUGCAUUUGCAGCACAAGAAGCUUCAAUGGGUCAGUGUAUAUAUGUUGAAUGUACAUAUGUAUAGCAUUAGCUAGAGUUAUAAUUUUGUGUGUAAAAUAAAUCUCUAUUGCAAUUCAAAAGUAUAAACCCUUUUUAUUUGCU